GAGAGGGAGCGGGGCGACCUGCAACCGCCGCCACCGAACGCUCAAGUUUGAACAGGCGGGUGGGUGGGUUGCUGCGCGCGCGACGUAGUGACGGGGAGCAGCGGGUGUGUGUGACUGUGAGAGGAGAAGCCUGGCGUCGUUUGCGCAGGCGUCGCCACUUUGUUUCUCCUCGGAGCAGUUAGGGGGCGUUAGGCAGGCGCUUCACUCUACGCUUCUACGUCCCCCACCGCCGGGGGGGGGGGAGCCGGAGGUUUGCGCCUCAGAGCCUCGUGAGGGGGAAGGGGGCUCUUCUCAAACGGAUGGCUGUUUUGAGCCCUCCGUCGCCCGCUCAAAGCCUGGCCAGUCAGGCUCCGGGUGUGUUGUUGUUGCUGUUGUUUUGGGUGUGUGUGUGUACGGUAAUGUUUCUGUUGGGGUCACGUCGCUGACUGAUACUUAUACUAAAUAUAAAGAAGUUGAUUUGAAUAUCAGCGCGCGUCACAGGUGCUCAAGGUUGAUGAGAACAAAUAGCCAAACUUAGUUGGUCUCUAAGGUGCUACUGGAAGGAUUUUUUUAUUUAUUUUUUGUUUCAACAAAUAGCCUGUUCGCAUAAAGCACACUUGUUCAGGAGCUCAAAAUGUAGAGUGAAAAAAGUGCAUAUUCCUGAAAUGAGGACACUAGUAAAAAGCUUUACCGCAACCGGCACAAAGUUUUGUCGCUUGAGAUUGUGACAAGUCGUAGGCUGCAGUCCUGGCCCCACUUAUCCCCAUUGAAUUCAGUGGGACUUCCUUUUGAGUAGAUAAGGGGUUAGGAUUGGGCUGUAAAAAGUUGCCCAUCAGCAGUUAAAAUCCGGACAGCAGAUUGAGGGGGGAAUAGUCAGUCUUCCCCCACUGUGGUGGGAUGUGUAUUUCUGCUUGAAUUGUAAUUAUUUCUAAAUACGCAUCUAUCCAUACAAACUGUCAUAUGCUCAAUAUAUGGAACUUUGUACUAUCUUUUCGUCUUUUUCUCUCCGUGGUAUAUGGAAAUAACCUUCCAAAUUUACCUUUAAUGUGUUUCAGAGUCUUAUCAUAUACUACUUACAGUUACAGAGAUGGCUUUCUGUUUUGUAAUAGUAAUUUCAAAGCACAUGGCACCUGUAACAAGGGAGGAGGAGGGAGACUUGGGUGCCAUGCAGUGCAAUCCUAAGUAUGUUUACACAACAGCUAAGUUCACAGAGUUCCGUCUGAUUUACCUCCUAGGCUAGCAAGUUUUCUUAGUUAGCUUCAACACUUUGUCAACAUGCAUAGGACUGGGCUUAAAAACAACUUUACUCACAGGUAAAGUUCUUUAAAUGGUAAAGGUAAAGGUAAAGGGACCCCUGACCAUUAGGUCCAGUCGUGACCGACUCUGGGGUUGCGCGCUCAUCUCGCAUUAUUGGCCGAGGGAGCCGGCGUAUAGCUUCCAGGUCAUGUGGCCAGCAUGACAAAGCCGCUUCUGGCAAACCAGAGCAGCACAUGGAAACGCCGUUUACCUUCCCGUGUAGCGGUUCCUAUUUAUCUACUUGCAUUUUGACAUGCUUUCGAACUGCUAGGUUGACAGGAGCUGGGACCAAGCAACGGGAGCUCACCCCGUCACAGGGAUUCGAACCGCCGACCUUCUGAUCAGCAAGUCCUAGGCUCAGUGGUUUAACCAUAGCGCCACCAGAAGAAUCCAAGCCAGUAUUUAAGAAUUAUUUAAGAAGUUGCAAAUGAUUCUGUAUGGAUCAUAGCUGAAACAGAGGCAGUAUUCAUGAUCAGGUGGUCUGAUAAGUACUCAUCAAAGUUUGGUAUUCUGGUUUUCAGGUUUGAUUGAUAUUACUGUGCCAUCUAAAUAAUUGUUGAUAAAUGACUGUACAAAUUAAUUACACAUACAAGACGUGUGGAACACAUGAUGCAUGAGUAUAUGUACUGUACAACUGGGUAAGGUACAUGACCCAUAAUUUGUUUUGAAUGUUUAUGCUAUUUUUAUUAUUCCAGCAAGGCUUCUGUGACUAGAUUUUAACAACAUACCAGAAGAAUCCAAGCCAGUAUUUAAGAAUUAUUUAAGAAGUGUGUAUACUCCAGCUGCUUAGAGGAUUCCAUUUAUUGUCACAGGUCACUUUAUAUGACCAAAUGGUGAAGUUAAUUUGCACUUUGACGGAUCACAAUGAUGAUGUCAACUACUGUGCCUUCUCUUCUUCUUACUUGGCUACAUGUUCCCUGGAUAAAUCUAUCCGUCUGUAUUCUUUAAGCAGUUUUGAUGAGCUUCCUUACUCACCACUAAGAGGCCACACAUAUGCUGUUCAUUGCUGCUGCUUUUCUCCUUUUGGAAACCUUUUAGCUUCGUGUUCUACGGAUGGCAACACAGUUCUGUGGGAAACUCACAAUGGACUGAAACUGGCAGUAUUGGAACACCCCUAUAGGCAUCCUGUAAGGAUUUGUCGAUUUUCCCCUAAUUCCACAUACUUGGUUUCAGGAGCAGCUGAUGGAAGUGUAAAUCUUUGGAAUGUUCAGUCUUUUAAAGUGUACCGAUCUGGCAGUGUUAAAGAUGGCUCUUUGGUAGCCUGUGCCUUUGCUCCUGAUGCAAGUUUCUUUGUGACUGGAUCAUCAUGUGGAGAUUUAACUGUUUGGGAUGAGACAAUGAAGUGCUUGUAUAAUGAGAAAGCUCAUGAUCUUGGAGUCACCUGCUGUGACUUUUCUUCAAAACUGGCUUCUGGUAAUAAGCAAGAUGUUCACUAUUUCCUAAUGGCAUCUUCUGGUCAGGACAGCACAAUUAAGAUAUGGCUUAUUUCACUCGCUGAUCAUACAGGCCUUGAACUGAAAUGUAAAUAUACGUUAAAAGGACACACUGCCCCAGUUCUGGCUUGUGCAUUUUCCUGUGAUGGGCAGAUUUUAGUCUCUGGAUCUGUGGACAAAACAGUAAUGAUUUUUGAAACUAACACUGGGAACAUCUUACACAUUUUGACUCAGCAUACCAGAUAUGUUACAACUUGUGCCUUUGCACCAGAUAUGCCACUAUUUGCUACUGGGUCAAUGGAUAAAUCUGUCAAUAUCUGGCAGUUUGAACCAAAGCAACUUCUGAAAGAAAGGUCAGCAAUAGAGGAGCCAAAGAUAUUUGCAGAAAGCUGGUCAGAAGAAGAGGUUUCAUCUUGGCUAUGCACACAUGGCUUACAAGAUGUAGUUGAGAUUUUCAAAAGGAACAACAUCGAUGGAAAAGAACUUCUUAGUCUUACAAAAGAGAGCUUGGCUGAUGAUUUAAAAAUUGAAUCGCUAGGUCUUCGCAGUAAAGUAUUGCGUAACAUUGAGGAGCUAAGGACUGAAAUGAAAACUGCCUGUUUGAGUAUCCCUGAUGAAUUCCUAUGUCCCAUAACAAGGGAGCUUAUGAGAGAGCCAGUCAUUGCCGCAGAUGGCUAUUCCUAUGAGAAGGAAGCAAUGGAAAAGUGGAUCACUGAAAAAAGGCAUUCCAGUCCCAUGACAAAUCUCCCUCUUCAAAGACUUAUACUUACCCCAAACAGAACUUUGAAAAUGGCUAUCAAUCGCUGGUUGGAAACCCAGCCAAAAUAUGAAAAGCAGUCUCCCUAAACAGCAUGAUUGUUCUUUCAAAUAAGUGGGAAUGAAGCUGAAGGUAGGUGAAUACAACAGUAAACAUCUUGGUGCCGUUGUCUUUCACUGUACCUCUGUAUAAAUUCAGCCCCUUGAUUUAAUCUGAUCAGAAUUCAAAUUGCUACCUAACAUGAUUUAUACUUGGCACCUAUAAGUUAUGUUUUUUAUGUUAAGCAUGAUCAAGUUAAAGUUGAAAUUUUAUAUAUUUAUCUAGUAACUUCCAUUGAUACUUAAUGACAUGCAUGUGGGACAUCCACAUGCACAGCAUCGCAUGUCCCAUUAAUUUCAGUAGGAGAGCCAAGCAUGCUGGAUUAUGUUCAAUAAUAAAUUAAAUGUAAUUUAGAAAUUAUGCAGCUGCAACAAUUAAGUAUUUCAUUUUGGGGCCUAAUGAGACUUAUUGGAAGAAAUCAUUUUUUUAAAUGACCUUUCAUAGGUUCUUGCCUAUAUCUUAUGUAAAUAACUUUGUCAACAAAAGUUUAAUUUUGGAAACAUACAGCUAAGUAUACUGAGCACUGUAGGGCUUAGUAGAAAGGAUGAAAAGGCUUCUCUAAGAGUUUGCAUGCCCUGAUUAGAUGUGGCAUGGGUACUGGUCAACAGUGAAUCGCAGGAUCACUUUGGCUAGGAGCCAACAUUGACAUCAUGCUUCCUUAAUUAGCAGUUAACUAUAUUCAGUGAAGCAUGGUCCAAUAACUAAAUGGCAAACUUCUCCAACUAAGGCUAAUUAAAUAAGCACAUCAUCUUCAGUGCUAUUUUGUAAAAUUCUGAUGUUCAUAAAUACUCCAAGGGGCUUGAAGAUGCAGCCAUGUGUAUGUAGUAGGUACCUCAGUGAGGACUUCUGGAGAGCCAGCAUUGUUAACAGUAGUAUUUGGACAUGUCAAUAACUUUUUUAUGAUAUACCUUUGGUGCAGAGAGGUAACCCAUAGAAUAGGGUGUACUAUAGGCCUUCAGAUGCUGUUGCACUUCAACUCCCAUGAUCCUUGACCGUCAGCCAUGCUGACUGUGGAUGAUGGAACAUUUGGAGGGCCAGGUGGUUUCCUACCAAAACCUUAUUGAAGUUGAUUGGUGAUGACUGACUGGCACAACAGUUAGAGAAGGUAGAACAGUGUAAGGCUAUGUAUACUACCCAACCAGAAACUAUAUUAAUAGUCUUUUAUUUCAUAUGGGAAAAUACAGUAGCUGUGCAAAAAAUAGAUCUACAGAACAAGAGAAUAAAAUAAGAUUGUACAAAUACCAAGAUAAACAAUAAAUAAGCUAGAAUAGAGAAUAACAAUUCAUUUUUUAAAUUGCGAGUUUCUUAAAAAAUCACACAAGAAUGCUGUUAUAAUGUACCUACAUACUGUACACAUGGAAAUUACUGUUAAAGGGCAACAGAAUACUCCAAGUUUGUAUAACUCCAACCUCACAGGAAUGUCCUUACAAACAUCCUUGAAAUUUUUUAAAAAAGCUUUUCCACUGUGAAACACUGAGGAAAGUAUCAGAUGUCGUUCCUCUAAAGUAAAUGCACAUGCUAUACUCCUCAGACAUUUGUUGAGUGUUCUAUAGAAACACUAGCAAAGCUUGUAUUCCUCUUUAUCCUCCAUCUUGUACUGACAUAGCACCUCAAAAGGUGUUUGGAUAAACUAUGUAAAGUGCUGUUAUAUGUUGUUAACAUGUCAUAAUUAUAUAUUCAGUGCAAUAACCAGGAUGUUGGAAAAAAUUCAUGCAAAAUAUCCUGUAAUUUACCUCCUAAACUGCAGUAAUGAAAGUCAACCUCAGUUGCACGUUGGCUGCUGAAUGAUUUGCACAGAGGUGACAGGUUUACACCUGAAUCCUUAUGAAACUGGAAUACUACUAAAUCUUCCUGAUAAAAGAACAUUCAUGGACAGAUUUGGAUGUUCUGUGGAUCCCACCACCUUGCAGGAAUUAAUUCAUUUCAAGCAGUAACAGAUAUACAUGGCUGUACAAAAUAAUUGUAUUUGCCUUUCUCAAAAGGACUCAGCUUGAUUUACUGACCAGUCUAGUUAAUCAGGCAAGCCUGUUUAAAUCCUCUCUUAGAAAAACAUGUUCUCCUACAUAAACAAAUAGCUUCUUAACUAUAUGUAGUGGCCACUCAUCUCUUGAUUAAUAGUCACAGGCAUGCUGUGGACAGUCUUAGCAUUAAAGAAAAUGGCUGGAUGGUCUGGUUUCUGUUAUGGACCCUGUAAAAUAUUAGUGAUUAAUAUCAGUAACUUAUAUGCUACUAUGCACUAAGUUUUACAACCAGGGAGAUGGUUCAUCACUAUUAAGAGUUUGUAAAGAAAUGGCUAGCAUUAUUCAGACAUUAGAUUCUACGAAAGAUCGCUUUGGCUUUGUAGACGUCACGUGACUCAAAUGAAUGUCUUUAUUAAGCUGAGUGUGCUGUUUAGAGAGAACUUCCUGGUACAAAUGAGCCACAGGCUUACCUAUCCUGCUAUCUUGUGAGCAGGCAGAUGCUUGGCACUGUAGUUCUUCUAGUUCUUUAGGCUGAGUUCCAUUCUGGAUGCUCUCUCCUGGAUUGCCAUAGCUACCUGCAUGUUUGGCAGAGAACUGCUCACAGCUCAAAGUCAGUGUCGUUCCAGCACUUUUCAGGAACCCUUCUGCAGCUUGGCCAUGCCAACUGCGAUUUGAUAGGUUCACCUGCUGCUGCUGUUGCUGCUGCUGGAACCGCACAGUUUUAUCCAUGAUCCCCAUGAAGGGAGUAUUCCGAGGCCUAUGUUCUGCUGUUCCACUCUGACAUUGACUACCUUUGCUGUCCUUGAGCCGAAUGUCUGGACUUUGCCCUUUUACACUCUCACAGAAGCUGCUGCUUGAGGACAGACUGCUUGUUGAGCUGGAAGCUACCAUGCUAACAGAAAGCAGACCAGAACAGAUAGGGUUUUGCUGCCUUAACUCGCCAGUUCCUUGAGAUUGUAAUGGACCUGUGUUUUCGAUGUUUGCAGGAGUGUGGACAGCUAGCCUCUCAUGCGUUUUGGACUUACUCAUGAAGGAAUGAGGCGAUCCUUUAUCACUAUGCUGCAAGUAGGGAACCUGGACUGCUGUUGAUCUUUCACUGAAUACUGCUGAGCUGUUAUUGCCCGUGGUGAUAUUUGCUGAUAGUGUACUUGUCCCAUCCAAAUGCUGGCUUUUACUGUUGCUUGGAUUUGUGAGGUGCCUGGAGGUCACAGGGCUUGGAGGAAGAUAUUGAAGGGGCUGAGUCAUUGUGCUGGACUGAAUAGAUCCAGUUCUUGCCACAGACUGGACGGAAUUCAGGUGUUGGUUGGUUUUUACUAUCUGUGCUUGUUUUGUGGGCUGCAUAGUUAAGCCAGGCUCUCUCAGGUAUUUACUGCCUGCUCUGUUUGGAGGGGAUAUGGGUCUAAAUUUCUGCUGGCUGCCUUCCUGAGAGUUUCUGCUGCAAUAUGCAUUACCCUGGGAAAGUGGCAGCCUCUGCCCAGACGGACCAGGCUCGUCUUCAUGCAAAAGUUCCUCCUCUUCUAUCUCUUCCAGACUGAAGUGAUCCUGAACAAGAGCUUCCCCCUCAUUGUCAGAGUCAUUGCUCGCUUGGGCUGGCAGAGGACACUGCUGCUUUUGUUGCUGUGUUCUCUGGAGCUGUUUGCACUCCUCUUCAACUCGAGCUAGCAGCCUCUUUAUUUCUUGGUUUCCAGGGCACAACUUUAUGGCUUCUCGCAAGUCACCAAGGGCUGCAUGAAAUUGCCUAAGAAGUUGGGGAGGAACCAAACACAAAAAUUUUCUCUAUAAAAGAUUACCUUUGGGCAAAGUAGUAUAGAUGACAAAAAUGCAAAAACUGUUUUUAGCAGAACUAAACGUGGUUACUUCAUGGCCCUAGCUGGAGGACUGCUCCCUUUCUUCUUUUUAGCACACUUUCAAGCAAUCUGAUGCGAGGGGAAGGAAUUGAAUUUAAGCUGAACACCAUAGACAAAGUGCUGGUCACAGUAAUUGUUCCCUGUUCUGCUCUGGUGGAAUGAUACUUGUUUGUGGCAUUUUUUACCAAAAAACACCACCUUGUGCAAAAUUACCCUAUGCCCCCCCUAUUCUAUCCAAAAUUAGUGUUUAAGAUAAUCGUGAAGUUACCCCCCUCCCAAGAUAAUCAUUUAAUAAAUACCAAUAUUUGUCCUACAGCUGCAAACCCUUUCCUGGUAUCCCACAAGACUGCAGUUUCCAUUACCAUAAAUAUAAACAUAUUGAUUAUGCAAUUAUCAUAAAGAGAAUAUUACUAUGAAAUAAACUGUUGCUACAAAGCAACUGUCGGUACCUGCUGUUCCUCUUGGCUCUUGCUCUAGCAUAAUACGCUUCAUAGGAUGUGGGUUUGAGAUCAAGUGCCUUGGUAGCAAACUCCUCUGCCAUGCCAAAAUCCUGCCAGAAUAACCAUAAAACAGUUUCAAUUAAAAAAUUACUGCAAUAAAACAUUACAGUGCAGAGGAACUGCCUGGCCCUUUGACUUUUUGCAAUGGGCAAAAGAGUACUCAUGAUAUCAUCCGAAUCAAAUUUCUGCUAAUGGAAUUUGUACUGCUGACGUGUUUUGAUGAUGUGUAGUACUAAUAUUGCUUAUUCACAUCACUUUUUAAAAAAGCUUAGUCAUGAUAAAACAUACUGACUGAAAAGCUAUGCAAGCACUCUUUAGCAGAUCUAUUAACCUAAAAUUGGUAUCAUCAGAUCAGUGAUAUUUUUUCUACAGUCUCCAUGUAGUCAGUCACAAUGCAUAAAAACUUGGACGAAAUAACUUACAUUUGUUUUUCUGCGGCAUCUUGAGAGGUUUAGAUAUAAGGAAACUCUGAGCUCAUUGAAAGCUUUCAUUUCUUCUCCAAAACUCUCUCGAGGAAACUUCCGUAAGGCAUACUGGUACCGCUGUGCUGCCUCUUUCAUCUUCCCUUUCUGCAGGGUGAAGAGCAUAGAAGUGUGACAAUUUGAUUCUUAAAUGUUGCUUUCAAAUGAAAAAUAAACUGACUUGUUAACAGAUGCCGCUGGCGAGAAGAUUAACAAAUUUGAAUGUUGGAUUUCACGGUUUUUAAAAAAGAGCAGCAACAUUUUAUUCAGCUACUUCCCUAUGUUAGAUAUGGCUCUUUUACCAAUAGGGCCUGCCCCUCCACUUGGUGUGGAAUGUAUAUCUUGGAUACUAAUUGUAUAUUUGUUUACUAGUCAAUUUAAAACCUAGUGCCUGACUCUGUGUAAGUGAAGAGUUGCCACAUCACAUAAAUGUAUUAUUACAGAAGACACUUAACAUAUUGUUCUGGAUUUUCAUGAAAUUUACCUCAUGCCGCAGGUUUAUUUCUUUACAUUUUAGACCAGGCACCCCCAAACUGCGGCCCUCCAGAUGUUUUGGCCUACAACUCCCAUGAUUCCUAGCUAACAGGAACAGUGGUCAGGGAAGAUGGGAAUUGUAGCCCAAAACAUCUGGAGGGCCGAAGUUUGGGGAUGCCUGGUCUAGAACAUUAUGUUCUGUGGUGUGCACCUGAACAAUUGCGGAUGUAUCACUGCAGACACCACUACUUGAACAACCAUUACAGUAAGCAACUCUGUUCUACUUACGCAUGAAAGUUUGUUUCCUUUAUACCCUGCCUUCUCCUGCAUUCAGGAUGAUUUACAAAUACAAAUUAUCAUUUGCCCAAGAUUAAUCAUAAGCACACUUAAAGAUAAAGGGACCCCUGACCAUUAGGUCCACUCAUGACUGACUCUGGGGUUGCAGCGCUCAUCUUGCGUUAUUGGCCGAGGGAGCCGGUGUACAGCUUCCAGGUCAUGUGGCCAGCAUGACAAAACCGCUUCUGACGAACCAGAGUAGCACACGGAAACGUCGUUUACCUUCCUGCUGUAGUGGUACCUAUUUAUCUACUUGCACUUUGACGUGCUUUCAAACUGCUAGGUUGGCAGGAGCUGGGACCGAGCAACGGGAGCUCACCCCGUCGUGGGGAUACGAACUGCCGACCUUCGGAUUGGCAAGCCCUAGGCUCUGUGGUUUAACCCACAGUGCCACCCGCGUCCCUCAUAAGCACACUUACAUAGGAGUAAUUACCAUCCCUACAUUUAAGUAAGCAUGCAUGGAACUGUGCUGCAAGAGUAGUUUGGCACCUGAACCACUGGUAUCUGCCAUCAUGCAACAGUUCAUAAAACACUCAGAUUCUUAAGGUUAUAAGCAAAAGCAAGGAUCCACUUACUUUGUACAUCAUGUUUCCUUCUUCAAUUAGCUUUUGUAGUAGGAUAAUCAAAAUAUCAGGUUUCGAAGUAGCCAUGGCCCAUGCUGCAUUUCCUGGAAUUAGAAGGGUUAAUAUUUAAUGUUAUACUGGACUCCUCAAAUGAAAUUUAGCUGUGAACAACCAGAUAGUUAAUGAUUUGGACUGAAUUACUCUUCUGUAACAGUGUCAUUUAAAUAUAAAUCGGUAUUUAUUGUGGCAGAACCUACACUUUGGAACUCCCUGCCUAUUGAUGUCAGGCAGGUACCUUCACUAUACUCUAGACAAGCCUACCCAGAUAUGUAGAAGGUUGAUUUGUUUUUAGUUUAUCGAGGAUUUUUUUUGUGUGUGAAUGUUUUAAAUAGUUGCUUUUAACUAUUUUACUGAACAUUUUAUUGUCUUAUUUUUAUAAACCACUUUUAGGUUUUUUUAAGAAUCAAGUAGUGCAUAAAUUUUAGAAAAUAAAUAAAUACAUAUUGUUUGUUUUUUAAUAACUUGGAAGGAUUUGUAUAUUGAAAGGUGAGCUAUAAACAAGUGCAAUAGAAAAAUAUUCUGUCUACACUAUGGCUGUUAAUAUUUCAGCAUCUCUAAGUAAGCUUAAAUUACUACAAUUUUAAAAAGAAAAAUCCAGUUUUACUGGGAAAUGUCAAUGCUUUUAGAUGGGCAUUUUUAUUACUGUAGCACUAAAAUGAAAUUAUAUAUUACGUAUUAGGGUACAAUGGGACUUUUAAUGUGGGGGUUUAAGAGUCAGCAAUUGUUUUCUUCCCAAAUAAAAACAUUCUAUUUGCCAGCACAAGUUAUUUUCCACUAACCUAAUUUGGCUCCUUUUCGAAGCAGUGUGACUACCACUGAUGUAUUUCGACAUCCAAUUGCUCUGUCCAAUGGGCGCAUCCCACUAUUGUCAACAUGUUCAAUCACUGCACCCUUCUCUACCAAAUACUGCACCUAUAAAUGAUCAAACACGGAGAAAUUACAUUUAAAAAUAAAAUACAUGUUUGUGGCAGUGGCUGCAACACACCAGGAACUUCUCUUGCACAAGCUCUACUGCAAUAAUACACCCUUGAACUGCCUUUAUUCUGCAGCUGAUGCAGUAGUUCCUAAUGGAUUAUGUCCAUUUGCAUACCAUCAAUGUUCAAAGGCUUUUAAUGCAGCUCUUGAAAUAAAAACAGUAAGAAAACACCACCUUCAAAGAUAUGCAUAAAUUCAUACAGCUCAAGUUAGUUCCAGAAACCUGGGAAAUCUAGUACAGUUAACCUAUAAAGGAACCUUUCAGAAUUGGGGGGGGGCUCCUUCUUGGCCCCUUGGCAGUUGUGCUGUGUGUGGCAGAGUGCCCAUUUCCACCUGUGGCCAUUCCUAAACAGAAAUAGUCUGGUUGCAGAGAUCCAUGCUUCAGUAACUUCCCACUUAGAUUUUUGCAGUUAGUGCAAAAUGAAACCACUUAGGUUUUUUUGACAUCAGAAGGCCAUCAGAAGGCUCUUAAAGAUAUGCACUGAUAAUUCCUUUGCCAUCAAGCCAGAUUCAAGGUUUGAUUUUCGCAUAUAGAGCAAUACCAUUCCAAAUGUGCAAUGCACUUGCUGUCAACAAUAGCUUAGUGCAGGCACCCCCAAACUGUGGCCCUCCAGAUGUUUUGGCCUACAACUCCCAUGAUCCCUAGCUAACAGGACCAGUGGUCGGGGAAGAUGGGAAUUGUAAUCCAAAACAUCUAGAGGGCCGACGUUUGGGGAUGCCUGGUUUAGUGUAAUACCGUACAACUUCAGGUGCCGGCUGAAGACUGUCCCUAUGUUAAACGUUUUUGGUUUUUUUAAAGUUGUAAUGUUGGGACUAUAUAGUGGGAAACAGGUUCUUGGUGUGAUAAUUCAAUAUUUCUUUAGUAUGGGUCUCACAUGUUUAGCAUUUUUCACAUUAUUAUUUUAAUUAUCCCAACAAGUGACAUUCUAGUGUAAUUUAAAUGCAGGCCGUGGGGAAUCUAUUCAUUAAGUUGUAAGUGAGCACAUGUGAGACUACAAUGUAAAUUAUUGCUUAUAUAAGAUGCAAGGUAAGCCUAACUGACGGAUCCUGUUCUACUUUAAGGUAGAAUCCAUUUAUAAGAGCUUUUAACUCUUAAACCAAAGAUUUCUUACAUUUUAAAAUAUAUUAAUACUUAUCAGUGCUGAAACAUCCCUUCACAUCUCACAAAUCUUGUUUGAGUCACAGCAGACUGAUACUGAGCAAGACCACCCCCGCCACAAGCAGCCAUUUUGUGCUGGCACUCACAGUUAAGAGUUCCGGCACCUCAUCAUUUACCAAAAAAGUAAGGCAGUAGAAAAAGUCAUAUGCAUCUAUGCUAGAGUUUGAUAAGUUAAAAAAAAAUCCAUGGUGAAAGAUUUUAUACUUUGACCAAGCAUUGGAUAUGUUUGUUUAAUAGAAAUUAUUUAGAAUCAAAAGGAUCCCCCACAUACUCUCUCUACACAGUGAAGAAGAACAGGUACCCAGCAUUAGGUAUCUCUUUAAAAAAAAAAGUGUAGUUUUUUCUUGGUGAAUCAUCUCUAGUGGCGCUCUCAAGUGCAUGAAAAAGGGAGCUAGUUUGCUUAAUUAGCAUUCUAGUUGGCAAGAUCUCAGUGCUCUGGCUUAGUUUCAGAAAGUGAAAGCUUAUAGCAAGCCCAGUAUUUGACUUGACUUACAAUAUCUGAGUCUCCAUAGAAAGCUGCUAAAUCCAAGGGGGUUCUUCCAUUCUUGUCCGUCUGGUCUAUUGUGGCAUCUUUCUCAACCAAAUACUGGACCACACUCUUGUGUCCUUUGAGGCAAGCCCAACUCAGUGCUGUCAGGCCCUCCUUGUCCAGCAAUGAAAUGUCUGCACCUAAAACACAAACAAAAAAUACGUUAUUUUGAAGGGGGAGACUUAAAAUAUGCCCCACGUUAAGCCAAAAAUUAAACACACUGAAAAAUUAUUGAACUUCCUCUUCAAUACUAUUGAGAUGAUGUAAUUUCAGCAUUAACUAAUAAAACUUGCAUCAAGACACUUUCAAUGUUGAACUGUCAGGCUGGCUUAUCUAUCUUAAAAGGCAUGAAAACUGAAUAGGGCAAGUUAAAAGAAAAAAUUCUUGAACAGUGUGUUUGUUACCUUUGGAGAUGAGAAAUUCAACAGUGCUAAGAUGUCCUUCACAAGAAGCUACCAUGAGUGGUGUCCUGCCUUGCUUGUCACUUAAAUUUAUAUCAGCUCCCUUUUCCAGCAGAAGUUUUGCAAUCUGAAAAAAGUGAGUAUAUUCCUAUCACAGUACUGUAAAGUCACAACCUUAGAAUAAAUAAUGGCAAUAUGUAACCUGAUCCUUACAAGAACAAUACACACUUCGACCAUACCGUACUGCAUACCCAAGUCCCAAUAACUGCAGGAGAAUGCUUGUGGAGCAUAAAACAUAUAGUUUCCUGGUUCUUUAGAUUCAUCUGUAUGGCUUUAACAGAGCGGCACUCAACUCAGUACCAUAUCUUUAUUUGAUCAACAAGACUCCUCACUGGGCCACUGUUUUCAUAAUCAAAUGCCCUAGAGAUUAAUAGCCUUUUCAAAACAGUUCAAAAACGUCUGUUGCCAUCUAAAGCAGAGAUGGCGAACAUGUGGUCUUUUAGAUGUCGUUGGGACUACAAUUCCUAUUAUCCCUAUCAGCUACGCUGUCUGGGUCUUACGGGACUUGGAAUCCCACAACAUCUGGAGGCCUGCAGGUUAGAGAAGUGUCCUUCAUUUCACAAAUUAAGCCGAAACUGCCAAUUUUAAUCAUAAAGUUUCAUCCCACCUGCCAGUGUCCCUGACGCACAGCACAAAAAAGGGGAGGGAUCCCUCUUCUAUUAGUUCUCAUUACUAGAGCACCAUGUUGAAGUAAUAGUUCACAUGCUUCCAGCUUUCCUCUCCCAGCAGCAGCAGUCAAAGCUGAAAAGAAAUAAAAGGUUUUAGUUUACCAGAUUUAAAGAGAAAACAAGCUUGAGAGAAGACAUUAAGCUAAAAGCAUUCUAUGCAUUCCUCCCGAGAGUUAUCAGCAGUUAGUCCAGAAACCAAUAGAUGUUUCCUCUUGUACAAAAAAACCCCCUUGUAUUCCCAGAUACUAACAUUCAUUAAAAUGACAUGGAACUGGAUACUCAAAAACUUCCUACAGAGUCAAGAAUGGCAAGAUGUCCUUUUAAGAAUGUAAGAAUAGCUCCCUUGAAUCAGACCAAAGGACCAUCAAGCAUCCUUUUUUGCCACCACCCAGGGCCACAUGCCAGAGCAAUGAAUGCAAAUUUUAGCCUUGUGCAGUAGGCUACUUUGUGUAUAUACCCACUCCCUCUCUAUUCUCCACCUAGGCAAACAAGAAGCAAGAUCAGUUCAAGGAUGCAUUCCAACCACAUAAACCAUUGAGAGCACAAAACAGGGUCACUGGGAGUCUCGAGCCAGAAAGAGUCCCAGAAGACUACAUCUGGCCCCUGGGCCUGAGGUUCCCAACCCCUGGGAAAGGCUGCAGUCUGCAAAAAUGCCCCUAACUGAAACCUGUAAUGCUAGUUACAGCAAUGGUUGAGAAUUUCUUCUCUACUCUCACAACUGUAAAAAAUAAUAAUGUAGGUCACAAUCUGUCAUGGAUGCUUUAGCUUAGAUUUUUGCACUGCAGGGUGUUGAACUAGAUGGCUCUUGGGGUCCCUUCCAACUCUACAAUUCUAAUCUCUUUGUUUCACUGUAACCCUAGCAGUAAAGGCAGUCAUCUGCUAGUCCACAGGAAGUAAGAUUUUUGUUUAAUGGUAACUGACACACAAGGUAGCACCAUUAAUUUAAGGAUUAGGUUGAGCAUGUAGACCCAAACAAGCUGACAGUUUUUGUUUUUGUUUUUAAACAGAUUUUUUAUAACUGCUGGGAAUAUAACACGAAGGUUAUAGCUCUGUUAUAAAACCAAAAAACAACCCUGUGCCUUAUCUCACUAUCACCCACAGCUCCUGGGGUCACUUAAGAUACAAAAAGCUGAUGUGUCUCAAGUAUACCAUAUUCAGAAAUAAGCAUGACUAAAGAAUAGCCUGCAGUGGGCUUAAACAAACAAGAUCCUCAGGAAAGCUAUGUUUAGGAAUGCUGACCAUUCCGAAAAGGCCCAUCUCUGAUAUGUCUAAUGUACCCAACAAUAGCUUGCCCCGGCUUCUAACUUUAAAAAGAAAAGGGGGAAACACUAAAUGAACAGCAAAACUACUAAUGGAAAAUGGAAAAUAUGAGACCAGCUUACUACUCUAUAGGAAAACUAAUAUGAUCUUUGGCAGAUCUUUGGCCUAUUGUCAAAGAUGUUGAGGAAAGUGCUAACUGAGGAAGAGAAAUUUUGGAAAACAGGGCAAACAAUGGUUGGAAGUGUCUGUAACAAUGUAAGGUGGCUAAUACAUUUUGCUGUGUACGAGGUGAUACUUCUAAUGUGAUUCUAUGCCAUAUGCACUUUGUCUUUUGUGCAUUGAAAUCUGUGUGAAGGAUUUCUGUAAAUCCAAAACACACAGUUUAGGAAUAUAGGAAACUGUCUUCUACGGACUCCUAGCUCCAUAUUGUCUGCACUGACUGACUGACAGGGACUCUCUGGUUUUCAGAAAGGAGUCUUCCCCAGGGAUUGAAUAUGGAAUGUUAUUGCAUGCAAAGCAUCUACCGCACCACUAAAUGGCAGUCCCUUUCCAAUCCUGGUCUAUGGUUAAAAAUGUAAAGGGGGAGGGGAAACAGAGAGCUGCCUUCUGAAAAAUCUGUCCCCAGAUUGCAAGGCACAUAUCUGAAUUUAUCAAAUUUUCAAGACUUGUAGACCAUUUUUGACAACGUGACAAUUCAUCCUAAGCAGCUCUGCUUAACUAUAGGCACUGUGAUCUCAGUGCAACCCUCAGCUAGCAAUCUCUGCACUCAAAAUGCCACUGUUAGGAGGAAAAGUGUUCUGUCCAAACUGCCAGAAGGAAAUGGCUGCUCAAAUGUGUAGCUAGGCAUGAACAAUCCACAGACUACUGGGGGACUAGUAGCAUUAUAAGUACAAGAGGGGAAAACAGGAAUAUGCCAACAAAAACAACCAGAGAAUGUAGACGGGUACAGAGAUAGAAUAAGGCAAGAGCGCAACAAAAGGAGAAAAUGCAAAGGAGUCUAUUCUGUAAUGCAUCAGAGACAAAGGGUGGCAUCUAAUGUUGCACAAAGGGUCUUCUUUGCAUGUCACUUCUCCCUCCUCUUCCCAAUGCAGCUCUUUGUAACCUCUUGUAUGUUUUGGCCAGAAGGGCAAACUGUCACAGAAAGGGGGGGGGGGAUAAUACAGAAGCCUCUGAAAAUGGCUUUAUUUCUGCCUCUAAGAAAGAGGAGCAUAAAGAUAUCCCACUUGGUGGUGUCCUUGUGUCCCUUGAGAAACCCCCUUCUGAUGAGUACCAAAAGCUCUCUCUCUCAUACACACAUACCUGUUUCUCCCCACAGUGUGUCUGUUUCAUUGAUGUCGAUUUUAGGCUCCUUUUCAAUCCGCAUCAGAAAAUGAAUCACCUACAAUGAGGAGGAAAAUCUCAAUCAGCUACAAUUAAAAAAAAAAGAAACCCAUCAAGAAAGAACAAGCAAUUACAUAAUUAUGGACUUGAUUUACCUUAGCACUCUGUUGGUGGUGCACAAUACAUUUGUAAACACAAUAGGUUUCAGCUAAGAAAUUUAUGGUAUGUCAAACUAUGCAUUUAAGGUAACAGCACAAGUUGUUAUGUACAAGCCAGUUUCUCUUCAAAGAUCUAACAAGGAUAUAUCCAGGUUCUAUGGAAUGGCAAACUAUAACUAGGUGCUUGUAUAUAUGCUUGUCUUCUGAAUGCAUCAAUACUAUGAGACUAUUUUGGAUACAAAUUAAUUUUCUGUUUCACUCAAGAGAUAAAAUGAGUAAGAAUGUGUUUCUGUCAGUUUCAUGUCGUCGUCCCCCAAAAAUAUAAAAUUAUUUAUAUUAUGUGGUUGGGUAAAUCAAGGAAAGUACAAGCAAACAAAGCAAGGCAAUUCAUAUGAAUCUUCUCAGAAAUGUUUACUGGGAGUAGUUAAAGAAACAAUUCUAAUGUUUCAAUUGAAGCUGAGGAACAUGAGUGCAUACUUCUUCCAUACUCCAUUUCUAUGAAGAAAAACAGAGGCAAUGUUUAAAAUGUUGAAUUGUAAAAAAAAGGUGGGGGGGAAUAUUCCAUUUAUACAGGAAUCCCAAUCUGCCUUCAUACUAGUAUACAGUGCAGAAUUUAACUCCCCCCCCCAACCGCUUCAAAAAUGGCAGUAAAACAUAAUGGAGGCUAAUGUUUGCAUGCCAAGAUUAAUUGCAUAAACAAUAAAUACAUUAAGAGAGCUGCUGCAGUCUUGUGAGGCAGAUGGAAAAUAGUACAAAUGUGGUUUCAAGGAAUAAACCAUCUUCUUGUAUUCUAUUAUGGCCAUGUAAUCCUUUAUAGCCACAUUGUGGAGACAGAAAUCCUACUAGCAUUUUUCAUCUUAAACAGAGCUGCACUUGGCACAAGUACAGAGUAUGCUAAAGCUUACAGUAUCAUCUUGUCUCAAGUAUAUGGAGCAAAAAACACCACCAAGCAAGUUGGGACCAUUCAACUCCUAACCCCUUACAAGUCUGUAACCAUGCUUCAUGUUACAGAUGCUUCGGGUUACAGACUCCACUAACCCAGAAUAGUACCUCGGGUUAAGAACUUGGCUUCAGGAUGAGAACAGAAAUCGUACGGCGGUGGGCCCCAUUAGCUAAAGUGGUACCUCAGGUUAAGAACGGACUUCCAGAACGAAUUAAGUUCUUAACCCGAGGUACCACUGUAAUCUUUUUAGUAGCAACAAAGGAAAGAGAGAUUGGGAAGCGGAGUUUUUUUUCAAGAAAAAAGGGGUGCCGGAACUCACGAUGAAAUUGUUACAGUUAAGUAACUGGGUGACUUGGUGCAGCCCUGAAUAGAUGCCGGGUUGACAACAGCCACAAUCACUGCCUGCAGAGGUGCUAAAAACUACAGCAAGCUGUCUCCCCAACUGCUUUUGGGGGUCGCCACUAGUUCUGGUGCAGGUCAAAUAAAUGUGCCCCCGCCUCCCUCGUUCUCUUAAGAUUCAGGCGGAUGGCAUGGGCAGCUCAGAAGGGCACUCACUCAAACGUGCGCAUGCAACGGUAGAGGCCUGAUUGGAAAGCUUAAAGUCCAUUGCCACUACAGUCAUACCUUGGUUUAAGCACGCCUCGGUUUGAGUAUUUUCAGUUUAAGUACUCCGUGGACUCGUCUGGAACGGAUUAAUCCACUUUCCAUUACUUUCAAUGGGAAAGUACGCUUCAGGUUAAGUACGGACUUCUGGAACCAAUUACACUCAUACCUCGGGUUAAGUACGCUUCAGUCUAAGUACUCCAUGGACCGUCUGGAACGGAUUAAUCCACUUUCCAUUACUUUUAAUGGGAAAGUUCGCUUCAGGUUAAGCACGCUUCAGUUUAAGUACUCCAUGGACCGUCUGGAACGGAUUAAUCCACUUUCCAUUACUUUCAAUGGGAAAGUUCACUUCAGGUUAAGUACAGACUUCCGGAACCAAUAAGGAAUUACAAACUGGCCCCACCCUGUAUCAUGCCUAGGAGCGGCCAGGAGCUAAGUGGAGUCAUAGAUUGGAGAAAAGUGUAGACUCGCACACACUGACCAGCUUCUGUUUUGACUUGGAAUGUUCAUUUUGGGCUUCUCAGAUGUAUGUGAAGGCUAUAAGUGGGCAGUGUGAGUGCCAGACCGCAAUGGCACCCACCUGUGAGGUGUUGGUACUGAACUCUGGAGCUCCCCAGCUAAAAAAAAAAAGCACUGUUGGAAAGUAUAUGGCAAGUGCCACAUAAUUUGUGUAUGAUAGUGUAAGGGGGUAGCUAUUUUGUCUGAUUUCCCAAUAAAAGUGACAUUUUCCUGAGUGGCAUGAUACAGCUAUUCCCAGCUCUUUGGGAAAAAUACAUGAUGUCUCAUUUGUUUGAAAAGUACUGCCUGAUGGCAGUGAAAUUUGAUCUUUAUUCAUAUACUUGCCUCAUGUUGAAUGGGCUUGUAGUAGCCUGACAGACUUUGUUUUUUAUUAAUUAAAAUUCUAUACUGCCCUUCAUCCGAAGAUCACAGGGCGGUUUACAAUAUAAAAAAAACAAAAAUACACAGUAUAAUAACAAAUAAAAGCAGUAUCACCUCCACCACACAGUUUAAAAGGCCAUCAUUUAAAAUGUAGACCUUUUUAAUAUCAAUUGGAGAAUAGCAGUGUAGAAACCAUUGAAUUAUUCUAAACACUUUCAAGAAGAGAGGUGGAGCAAGCUACCUGACAAUGUCCCAUGCUUGAAGAUGCUGUCAGAGCCUGCUGAAGUGCCUGUCGCUUUGUCAGUGAAUUCUGCUGCUGGGAAGUGCUCCAAUCCAUGUUCAGCAGAUAUUCAAGAAUAUCAGAAUGGCCCCUUAGGGCACUAUGAACCAAAGCACACUGUCCCUUUUUAUCCAAGUGAUUGAUCUAAAAGGGGAAGCGCAGGGAGAGAAAAAGAAUAUCAUUCAUGAUAAGCAGGCUCAUUGCACAAGCUGUUACACCAAAGCUUUUUACAAAGUACCAAAUUGGCAGAUUACUAUACAGUGGGACCUCGACUUAUGAAUUUAAUCCGUUCCGAAUGCACACUCGUAGGUCGAAAACUUUGUAAGCUGGGUUUCCCAUAGGAAACACAGUUUCCUAUAGGAAUGCAUUGGAAACGGAAAAAUUCGUAAGUCGAGGAAACCACAUCUAGCCACAAACGGGUUUCCGUUCGGAUGUCGGAAAAAUCGUAAGCGCGCGGCCACUUUUUCCGCUCGUAACUUGAAAACGUUGGAUGUCGAAUAGCUCGUAAGUCAAGGUCCCACUGAAUAUAAUUUGGUGGUAUUUACUGUGAUUCUGCAUAACUAUGUAUUACCUAAAAUCAAAGCAGAUUCUGGUUUGUUUGUUUUUACUAAACCUAGGUAAGGUAUUUUAGUUAUGUGUUCCAGAGUAUUAAAGCACAGGGCACAAGGAAUUUUCAUGUUUAACUGAUCCAGGGCAUGCUUCAGUGUCUGAGCUGCAUCCUCACAGAGAAAUGAGAUAGCCUUUAUUUGGCUCCCUCUGUAUAGCUCUAUAGCUCCAUACUGAGUCUGUGGUCAAGCUUACCUUUGCUCCUUUCUUGCAGAGCAGUGAAACUAUAUGCAUGUGGCCUGCAGCUGCUGCACAGCAAAGUGGGGUCAUCCCAUUCUCAGACGCACCAUCAAUGGCGGCACCAAAUUCAAGCAGAAGGAGGACCACUUCUUCAUGAUCAAGAUGAGAUUGAACACACAAUAUUGGAGCAUUGUUGAGAACUUCUGUCCUGUAGUUUACAUUUGCACCACCCAAAAUCAGCAGACGACUCACCUAGAGGGAUUUAAAAGAAAGGAAAUAUAAUUUGACUUCUUGUUUAGAGACUGAAACAGGAACAAUUUGCAUCUCCAUAAUGUAAUAAGAUUGUAUGGAUGUCAGGUUGCAGUUGAUGAGGUUACAGAUUGUUUCUUAAUUUACAUAGAAAAACCUAUUUGCUCAAUUCUAAAAUAGGAAUACUCUCUACAGAGAAUACACGUGGCUAUUCACACAUUAAAGAGAGACUUAAAAACUAAUCAUUUGCAUCUUCCCUUGCUGAUACCAACAGUCCUCUUUAAAUCACUCUUAACAAAUGUUUUGGGAUUUUCUUAGAGACAGUGGCAGAGACUGUUGAAAGUUUGGGGACUUUAACUUUGGUCAGUUUAACAGCACCAUGAAUCUACAUGAGCUUUAUAAAGGUUAUUGGCUAGUGGCUAGUUUUUCAGUCCUUACACUCAAUGGCUAAAAAGCGCUUUUGGCCAAUCUUGAUUGGACAAGUUUUCAAAAGCAGAGAAAGAAACAGGAGAUUCAAAGAGAGUGAGCAUUUCCUAGUUUGAACAGAUUCUUGCCACAGUCAAGUCUCCUGCUUUUCCUUUCUUCCUUGUUCUGGAACUGACAUGCUGUUGCCCACUUGCCCUCAGCCUGUAACAGUGUGGAACUGCUUUCUCUUAAGUUUAGAACUACCACAGUGAAAAAGUGAAGUAUAACUUAUACUUAAGUUUUCUUACCUUUACAUUGGGUGUAUAAAGAUUUCUCAAGGAUGCAAGAGCUGCUGACAAACCAUCAGUGCUAUAGCCAAUCCACAAGGCUUGAAGGUGGCUGGAAGAAAUUCCAGUCUUUUUGCUGAGCCCCUGGAAGAUACAACAAAUAGAGAUGAAAAAAGAGGAAGCAAACAGAUUUUCAAAAUAAUAUUACUAUUUGCACACUGAAAAUUGUGAUAGCCUUUUUCUUUGAAAAAUGAAAAUCCUCAGACCUUUGCUUGCAUAGAAAUACUUUAGCUGUGUAUUUACAUCUGCCCAAUAUUUGAAAUGUCCCUUACAAACUUCCUGCAGCAGCUCGAAAAUACAAGAAAAGUGUGCAGCCUUCCUCCAUACAUAGUUCUACCUACUGGGCAAUGAAUAUUUUGAGAGUGGCUAGGUAUUAAACUCUAAAUACAGUAUCAUGUGACAAGAGAUUAGGUCUGGGUUACUUAAAAAGCUUUAAAACAAUAUUAGUAACUGCUGUGAAAAUAACAUUUAUGCACAUUGUGAACGUUGAAAAUAACAUUUAUGCACAUUGUGAACGUUUUCUAAAGCAAAGUUUAACUUGCCAUUUUCUAAAGCUUCUGGAUGGGGAGAGAAACAAGAGGACAUAAUGAUAUUAUGGCACAAAGAUAUAACAAAAAGAAACAAACUGAACACAUAUCAGAAGGCAAAAUAAAAUAUAGGCUUUACCUUGAAUAUAUGUGCUUUCAGAAUGUGAUGCCCAAGCUCCAUUGUUUGCUGACGGUUAAGCUUUCCUUCCUGCCUUGAGAACAUGAAUGCCAGGAGCGCAUGCCCAUUCCUAAUCAAAGAAGCAGAAAGACAGGGAGAGAGGAUUUUAAACUGUACUAAUCAAUGUUAUGUCACCUGUUUGUCCUCUGAAUACCUAACGUGACAGAUUUCAUUCUCCUGCCCCAAAAUCUAAAUAUCAAAAUCUGUUGAACCUAAGGAAGACAGAAGAUACUUGCAUUAUCUCAUUCUCAGACAUUACCAGUCCUUUUUGUGGAAAAGUUUGUUCUGUUCCUAUUCUGUUUAAAUCAAACCAAGUCAUGAGAAAUGUAAACUAGCGUCUGGUAAGGUCAACCAAGGUCACAGACACAGCGUAUCUGGUUUUCACUAUAAUGGAGUACGGGUGGUGAUUUAUAUGGUAAGAGUGCAAGAUUUUGCAAAACCACAGUGACAUUUCCGUGUUCUGAAACAGUGGGCAAACAAUGUGUUCAGACCCUUCUUUUUCCGUAAAGCAGUCUUCCCAUUUCUUUUUAAGUCAAUAAUGAACACAUCACCAUCACAAACAAAUAUAAAAGAAUUAUGUUAUCACGGUAACAGGGAAAAAGGUCAGCUUCUAAUGCUUUUUAAAGUACUAUGUUUUUAUGCAUUCUUUAAAGUGUAAAUUAAAAACAGUGCACGUUAUAAUACUUUGUACACUAAAGAGCACUGGAGAAAUUAUUAAUACUAAAAAUUACGUGAUAUAAUUGUAGGUAGCCAAAAUAAAUCUACUCAGCGCAACUAUUAUGUAUAUUUGAUUCUUUCAACAGGGAUAUUCUUAACGCAACAUUACAGCGAGCUUUUUAUUAUUUAUAACUUUUUACAAAAAAAAUAAAAUAGGCUCAAAGCAAUUUACAAAUCCAUAAAAUACACAAUUGCUUGCAUAUUUUUAAUAAAGCCAUUUUUAUUUUUUGCUAAAAGUGUGUGUGAUAUUGAAUCCAACUCAGUAAAUUAAUGGAUGUGCAUGUAUCUUGGUGGUUUGCAGGUAUAGAAUGAAAACAUCUAAAAUAAUUUUUAAAACAAUACAAAAAACAACUGAUGACGUGUAAAAACAAUACGAAAUGAACAACUAAGUUUGAGGGCACUCAAUGAAGAACAACCACAUAAAAAGCCUAUUAAGUGCUUUCAUGCACUCAACAAAACUUUCAUGGUUUUCCAUUGACCAAUAACCUCCUCCCCAAGCCAUGUUACCAACUGCUCUUGAAACCAGCCUGUGUUUUGAAAGUUGCUCAAGUCAAGUGUGUUGUGUCAGUCAGACUACAAAAGUCCAAAGACCCAGAGUGCAUCAAAUCAGUCAAAUUAUUCUCUAGCUGACUGAUUUUCCAUUAGUGCCCCCCC